AUGGAAAUAUCCAUAAACGUUUUUGUAUUCCUCCUCUACACUCUGGUCGUGAUCUACCUUCAGCACUUCGUGAACAAGUACACAGAGUUCGUCCGCAGCCUCUAA